AUGUCAAAGGCGCAGACAAUGAAUCCCUCAACUGACCCGUAUCGCCUCCUCAGGAAAAAGGUCGCUGUUGUCGGCAGCGGCUCUGCUGGAAUUGGUGCGCUAUGGGCCUUGAACAAGACAUAUCACGAUGUCUACGUGUACGAGGCUUCCGAUAGGCUUGGCGGCCAUACAAACACUGUCGAUUUCAAAAAGGGAAAGUUUUCGACAAAGGUUGACACCGGUUUUCAUGUCCUAAACGCUGAAACCUCUCCCAACUUUAUCCAUUUCUUGGAAAAGAUCAAUGUUAAAACCGCCCCCACAGACCUCUCAUUCAGUGUAUCUCGGGACUGCGGCGCCCUCGAAUGGGCUGGCACCAGCCUGACCUCCCUGUUCUGUCAAAGAAGAAAUCUCCUCUCACCGCGAAUGUGGCGCAUGCUUUUUGACAUUAUUCGCUUCAACCAAUUCUCGGUUGAUCUGUUAAGCAAAGAUGAGGAUGACAUCUCCAACAUUGAGGUACAGAGCAAACCUAGACAUUCAGUUGGUUACGACUUCACGAUUGGGGAGUAUCUAGACCAAGAGGGUUAUUCGCAAGCCUUUAGAGACGACUAUCUCCUUCCUUUGGCAGCGUCAAUAUGGAGUACGAGUCCAGACAAGUGCGCACUGGAGUUCCCUGCUCUGACAUUUGUUCGUUUCAUGUGGAAUCAUCAUCUGCCGUCUACAUUCGCGUCACGCCCCAGAUGGCUGACGAUAGAGGGGGGUUCCAGGUCGUACAUUGACGCUGUCAUGAAGGGUUUCCCUCCUAACCACUUGUUUCUCAAGACACCCGUGAGGCGUGUCACUACUGAAAGCAACGGCCAAGUUCGUCUCCACCUGGAAAACGGUACAUCUGCUCUCUACGACCAUGUCAUCCUUGCCACCCACGGCGAUGAAGCAUUUGAUAUCAUCAAGUCAUCGGCCACCGAGCAGGAGCGUUUUAUCAUGUCUUGCUUCAAAACGUCCCAAAACGAAGUGGUCCUGCACUCAGAUCUGGAUAUGAUGCCUCGGCGCAAGAAAGCCUGGGCCAGCUGGAACUACCUCACGUUAUCGUCACCUUCGUCACGAAAAGCAAACAUUAACCAGGUCUCGCUCACAUACAACAUGAACCUGCUCCAGCACAUUCCUCGAAAUACUUUUGGAGACGUCUUGGUCACGAUGAAUCCUCUUCGAAAGCCAAAGGCCGCCAAAACACAGGGACGCUAUUUCUACUCACAGCCUCUCUACACAACGUCUUCCGUCCGGGCACAGAAGCUUCUCAAACACAUCCAGAACACUCGAGGUAUUAGUUAUGCCGGUGCUUGGAUCAAGUACGGUUUCCACGAAGACGGUUUCAGCAGCGGACUGGAGGUUGCACAGGACCACUUGGGUGCCAAGCUGCCGUUCCAGUACACCGAUUCUACCUACAGUCGUGGCAAAAGGCCCCUUCUUGGGCUCUUUGAUCUUUUACUACGCUUGGUCAUCUUGGUGAUUCAGGUGUUCGUUAUUCAGAUUCUUGAGCGUUUGACUGGUAGGAGUGCUCCCAAGCGUCAACGUCUCGUGAAUGGCAAGGGUGCAAAAUUUGUAAACGGCAAGCAUCGAUAA